AUGCAAUUCUUAACUACUUCAAUUUUAUUAUUCAUUGCUACUGCUGUUAUCGCUAAAAACAUUAUCUUAUCAAAUGAUGAUAGUUGGUCUGCUACAAACAUUAGAGCAACUUAUUAUAAAUUAAAAGAAGCUGGUCAUAAUGUAUUUUUAGUUGCUCCUGUAUCUCAAAGAUCAGGAUGGAGUGGUAAAUUCGAUAUUCCAACCUCACCAACAUUACAAACUAAUGGUGAAUUUAAAUAUCCACCAGCAGGAUCUCCAUCAUGGGGUCACGAAGAAAAUGACGAUCAUAUUUGGUACUUUAACGGAACUCCUGGUUCAAGUGUUGCCUUUGGUUUACAAUAUGUUAUUCCAGAAAAAUUCAACAACAUCUCAAUUGAUUUAGUUGUUAACGGACCAAAUGAAGGUACUAAUAUGUCACCAGGUAUGUUCACUGUUUCAGGUACUGUUGGAGCUACUUAUAAUGCUAUAUACAGAGGUUACCCAGCUAUUGCUUUUAGUGGAUCAAAUGGUAAUAAUUCAUUCUUCAAAGAUUCAUUAGAUUUAAAUGAUACUAAAGCUCCAUCAACUAUUUAUGCUACUAAAGUUGUUGAAUUUGUUAAUCAAGUUUUCAAAGCUCAAGGUAAUAACUCAAGAGCAUUACCAAUUGGUGUUGGUUUAAAUGUUAAUUUCCCAAAAGUUGGUUAUGAACAAGAAAACUGUACAAAUCCAAAAUGGGUUUUCACUAGAUUAACUGGUCAAUAUGCUUCAACUUCAGAUUUAAAAUACAAUAAAACUUCAAAUUCAUUUUAUUAUUCACAAGAUGAAUUUAAAGCUUUAACUGUUUGUAAUAAUGGUGAUUGUUCAUUACCAUCUGAAAACUUUAUUGUUGGUCAUACUGAUUGUCAAAGUUCAGUUUCAGUUUUCUCAACUGAUUAUGAUGCUAACUUAGGUUUAACUCAUCAAGUUGAAGGUUUAUUAGAUCCAAUUUUUGCUAAACAUUAA